AUGGGAAGCACAGAGCAGUCGAAGAAUGCUAAGCGCAAGUCAUCGUUCGAUGAUCUUCCUCCAGAAACUGUCUUAGAAAUCCUCUUAAAACUGCCGGUGAAAUCCAUCAUCCGCUCAACCCUGGUUAACAAAACAUGGCACUCCUUGAUCAAAAACCCUGAUUUUAUUUCUGCUCACAUUCAACGAUCAGUGUCAUGUUGUGAUGAAGAAAGUGUUGUGUUACUAGUCCCUUGUAUUGACUCCUAUCACAAGUAUUGCUCCUUAGUCUCAACUGAUACAUCUUCACUUAUCCAAACAUUUGAGAUUCCUUUUAAUACUCUGCAUUCCGGAGCAGUGUAUGCAUCACUGCAUGGACUUGUUUUAUUCUCUACACGUUCUGAAUCGUACCUGUGGAAUCCUUCUCUUAGAACACGUAGAGCCCUUGUUACUUCAAACCCUUUUGAUAAAAGGGCUUAUAGACGGAGCACACAAAUUAUUCUAGCCGGAUUAGGUUUUCACAAACCUACUAAUGAUUAUAGAGUUGUUAUGGUUUUUGAUGGCGUGAACGAAAAGGGGAAGGUCUUUGAAGAGGUAGCUCCUAAGGCUGAGAUUUAUAGUUUGAGGGAGAAUGCAUGGAAGGAGAUUAAAAACUCUAAUGUUCCUAGGCUUAUUCGGGAAAAGGGGACAUAUGUUGAUGGUAAGUUUUACUGGUUAGGUACAAUCCCUCCUGAAACUUAUAAUGAUUUGUACCCAUCUGAUCUUCUCUAUUCUCAUGACCCAGAACAAUUGAGGAUAUUGUCAUUUAAUUUUGAUACUGAAGAGUUUGGAGAAUUACUAAAAUUGCCAGAUGAAGUGUCUAGCUGUGUAGGACAAGCCGCUAAAUUUAAGCUGAUGGAAUUCGAGGGUUCACUCUGUGUUUGUGUUUAUGAUAUUCAAUACGACAGUCCCAGCCAGCUUUUUUGUAUAUGGUCGAUGAGGUCUGAAAAUGGUGUUAUCUCUUGGAGUUUACGAUUUAGAUUUCUGCUGAAGGAAGGUGAGUCACGGCCCCUGAAUAUUACAAAGAGUGGAUCACUUAUAAUACAGUCAUAUGGGGACUACCACAGGGGUUCAAGUGCAAGGAUUUUCUCAUGUAAUCUCAAAAGCAUACAUGAUAGAGAUAUUGGAUUUUCUAAGUUUGAAUAUACAAAGUAUUGGGUGAUAUCUACUGUGGACACUCAUUUCAUGGAGAGUUUGGUCAUGUACGAGGGAGAUCAGAAGUCAUUGUUGAAGUCUGCAGAGUGA